UCAAUCAUCAGUUGUCAAAAAGAUGAAGGCUGUUGUGUUGUUCAAAGUCUAAGUUGGUUAAGCCGGAAUUUACUUUAAAUUAUUCAUAUAUUCACAAUCCAAGCAGUCUUUGAUCGUUUCUGUCGUGUUUAUUGUAGAAACGACAAAACAACAAAUUAAAAUCCUUAUUACUUAAACAAAAAACGCCGAUUUAAAUCGAAGAUGGAGAUUGAAAUAUUGACCACUGCGGGGUCAAAGUCUCUUGGCAAAAUUACUUUGAAUGAAGACGCCACUGUAAAAAAUGUAAAAGAAAAAAUUUAUCAAAACCUUAAAAAAUCCCUUUACCCUGAAAGGCAAGCCAUCAAACCCGAAGCUAAAGGAAAGUCACUUAAGGAUGAAACUACUCUAAAAUCUCUAAACAUCCAAGAUGGGUCUAAGCUCUAUGUAUCAGAUCUUGGGCCACAAAUAUCAUAUAAAAAUGUAUUUUUAGCUGAAUAUGCUGGUCCAUUGUUUGUUUAUCUGUGGGUUUAUCAAAGACCAUGGAUCUUGUAUGGGGAUCAAACAUCGUCACCAGGAACUGUUGUUAAUAUAGCAGCGCUGUGCUGGAGUUUCCACUAUGCUAAAAGACUGCUGGAGACAGUUUUUGUGCACCGUUUCUCACAUGGCACUAUGCCGAUUCGGAACUUAUUCAAGAACUGCACAUAUUAUUGGCUGUUUGCUCUCUACAUCGCUUACCAUGUUAAUCAUCCACUCUUCACUGCACCCUGCAAUGUUUGUGUGUACGUCGGUCUUGCAGGGUUCAUUUUAUGUGAAUUGGGUAAUCUGAGCAUUCACUUGCUGUUAAAGAACCUCCGUCCUCCCGGUACCAAAGUGAGGCGCAUCCCUAUGCCUGACGGAAACCCAUUCUCACUGCUUUUGAAUUAUGUGUCCUGCCCUAAUUAUACUUAUGAGUUUGGCGCUUGGGUGUUUUUCACCAUCUUGACGAAAUGUGCUCCAGUGGGUAUAUUUGCUGCAGUAGGCAUGUACCAGAUGUCAGUGUGGGCUAUCAACAAGCACCGCAACUACAAGAAGGAGUUCCCCGACUACCCCAAGGGACGUAAAGCCAUCUUGCCUUUCGUUCUCUAAAUCUUGCAACUAAAUUGACAUAGUUUAUUGUAGUGCAAUGACAACGCAAUUAGAAUUAAAAAAAGUUGCUGAUUAA